CACUUCCACCUCCAUUUUCACGCUUUCUCUGCAACACUUUUAUUUCAUCGUUUUUCUUAAAUACCGUUAUUACCCCGGCGAUUGUUCAUCGGAAAACCGAAUAGGCUCGUCGGAGAAAUAAAGAUGGAGCCACUGGUCACUGAUGAUAGUCGCGUGAAUUUCCAAGGUGAUCUCUUUACAUUCUCGUGCCGUCGCGUAUUUCGGGAACUUUAACCGUAUCUGAAAAGAAAUUUAAAACCUUUAAGCAAAAACAACUUAGAUUUAGAAGAGUUUUGAAGUCAUUUGAAACUUUUUUCGGCAAAAAUAGAGGCAAAUUAGUAAAUAAUAAUCAGGCUUGUGACUCGAGUCUUGGUGAAUAGCAUUGAUUUUUGGCCAUCUACUUAAGAUUUUACGAAUUUCUGUGUUGAUUGCGUUUGACUGAUCUCAUCACAAAGCCAUACGUCUUACCGUUAUUGAAGCGGAGAAUCAAAAAGAGUUUGAAGUGUUGUCGGGGUACCGGUGGAAGCAAAAGAGGGGUUUUGUUUUGUUUUGUUUUUGUUUACAUUUCUUUUUACCAGAGCUGAGAAAUAUGCCUUUCCCAAUGAAGAUCCAACCUAUCGAUUUCAGCCCUUCAGAAUUGGUAGCACCGCCUCGUUUGGAGACGGUAAAACCGGUGGUGAAAUCCCGGUUAAAGAGGUUGUUCGAGCGCCCGUUUCCUAGCGUUCUGAGGAAUUCCUCGGCGGAGAAGGUGGAUGCCGUUGCAGCCGAUGAGCUGCCUUUCAGUAAAGAAUGCGCGACGGAGUUCGAGCCGAACUCCGUUUGCUUGGCGAAGAUGGUGCAAAAUUUCAUCGAAGAGAACAACGAGAAACAUCAAUCUGGUGCGGUUAGGUGUAAUCGUAACCGCCCUAAAUGCUUCAAUCGUAACUGCAACGAAAGCUCCGAAGACGAAAUGGAUGGCUUCGGUUUCAGUGACUCCAGUCUCACUUCUUCGGCUGAAACAUCUGAAGUUCUAAAGAGUUUGGUUCCUUGUGGGAGUGUGAAUGAAAGGAAUUUGCAAGCUUACACAGCGAAGAUUAUGGAGAAUAACAAAAUUUCUAAACGAAAAGAUGAUUUCUGCAGGAGGAUUGUUACUGAUGGGUUACUGGCUGUUGGAUACGAUGCUUCUAUUUGCAAAUCUCGUUGGGAAAAAUCUCCCUCUUAUCCCGCCGGGGAAUAUGAAUACAUUGAUGUGAUGAUUGACGGGGAGAGAUUGGUGAUCGACAUUGAUUUCCGAUCAGAAUUUGAAAUUGCCCGCUCAACAAAGACAUACAAAUCAAUCCUUCAAAUGCUUCCCUGCAUCUUUGUAGGCAAAGCUGAUCGUCUCCAGAAGAUAAUUGCUAUUGUUUCCGAGGCCGCUAAGCAGAGCCUGAGGAAGAAGGGAAUGCAUGUUCCUCCAUGGCGCAAAGCUGAGUAUAUCAGCGCCAAGUGGCUCUCUCCUUGUAACCGAGCAACACCUUCACUUGCUCCUGCAUCCACGCCUGCACCCACAAUUGGGAUACUUAAAUAUUCUGAAUUCGAUGCCAAAACCAAGGAUAAAGACCAACCUAUUAUCGAAUUGAUUUCCGAUGAUAAAAACUCGGUUGAAGAUGAUGAGUUGGGCGAGUCCAUAUUUUUUUUGUCUGAGAGCUCUGAGGACGAAGGGGAGGAAAAGGUGGAGAAAGAUGAGUGGAAGCCACCUGAAUCAAAACCCAAGAGCUCACAGACUGGGAUUAAGAUCGUGACCGGUUUAGCUUCAGUAAUGGAAGAUGAACCAAGAGAAUUUUGACUGAUCAUUUUCCCCCCCUGUUUUCCCAUUUGGGAUAUUACAGAACCAAAUACUAUGGUUAACUGCUUAAAUCCCCUUCUGUUUUUUAUAUGUAAGGGUUGAUCUCUGAUUUUUACAAUUAAUAUGAAAUCAGAUUGUUAUAUAAAUGGAUAAACAAGACAAGCUAGAAUUUUGUUCUUGAGCUGGUUGCCCUUUCUUCUUUCAUCUUGAAACCGAGUGUAGGUCUCUUAAUUCUUAUCUCAUAUUCUUCAUCUUUGAACUGUAGAGUCAGAACAAACAGGAACAAAAGGUAGAGACCCAUCACUUGUGCUUUGCCUUAUUUUUUAUGCUUAUUAUAGUUUACCAGUUUGUGAUAUUGAAUAAUGUUUUCUCUUAGGUACUGAAUUUUAUGAUGGAAGGAGCUGGCUCGUGCGUUCUCUAGCGCUGUGAAAUUGAGGUUAGGAGGCCUAAGGCAGUAAGCUAUUCUUUAAUGGCUUCAACUGAUAAUACCUCCCCCCCUACUAGGUAUUUUGUUAAUGGCAUUAAGUAAUCUUGCCCUGCCUACGUGAUUGGGAUUGAAUUGAUCUUGUUCAUGGUUUUGGUGUAGCCUGAACAUUGAAAUACCUCUAUGUUACCAUUGUCUUCAUUAUGAUCCACGGUUUUGGCUGAAGUGUUAAUAAUAUAUUCCCAUUCCCAUCUUACGUUUGCUUAGCGAAUGACAUGGGACCGAGCCCGA